AUGGGCGAUUUUGUUUUCGUUGCUUUUGUACUUCUAACUGCCUAUACUUGUCAAGGCGAUCUAGCGCGCAAUUUUCAAUUCGGGAGCUUAUUUGAAAUAUGUGGAGAUAAGUUUCGGGAUAUACUACGUCAUCUAAUGCUACAGGAACCCAUUCUCCAUCUUAGUUCGGAAAAAGAAAACCUUAAUUCAGCGUUCCUUCCUAGUAUAUCUCACUCCAAAAAAAGAAUUGAUAAGUCUAACAUUGAAGAUAUCAGGGGCAUUUGUAGAUUUCCACAGGAAAAAAAAAUGCCGGCUCUUUCUACUACACCUCGCACUCAGGGUCAUUGCAGGUCCGGAUCAACUAAUACUGAUUCUCUAUUUGUCCGUCCAAAUUCCCAAGUAUCAUCUAAACUGCGAGCAGCUGGCGAGCCCACAUUAAAAAAGUCGUCUAGCUACCAAAAUAUUAAAAUUGCCAAUAAUGGAAAAGGACAGGCAAUGCAUUUGUCAAAUCUCCAGGUUACUCAGCCAGGUAAACGAAAAAAUCUCAACAGUAAACAAAAGCACCAUAGUAGUGCCGCUAACAUUCCCACCGUUUGUUCUAAAAACACUGAGCUAACUUCAUCGGAACCUCACUUUCAAACUCACCUUAACAAUCAUUCUAACGCUCACCGCAUAUCUGUGAACAGCGACCUACUUUCACGUGUGGAAAGGGAGAAAAAGCAAUAUGAAGCUCGGAUAUCGGAAUUAACACAAGUCACAGAAACACGCAAGAUGGAAAUAGAAAAGUUAACAUUCGAAGUUCGUCGUGCUAAAGAAGAGGCGUCAAAAGCUAUUUUAUUGACUGAGGAAACUAAACUUGAAAACAUCCAGCUCCGAAAUCAGUUGCUAGCUCUCGGAAGUCCAUGCAAAAAAGAUGGAGAUCAAGGUUCCUGCGUAGAAUCCCAUCAAAACACAAAAUUGAAUUCCACAACUCCUAGUUCACGUAAGUUAUUUGCCUGCACUUCGUCUCCUCCUGAAUCACUUGGCACAACAACACGUCUUACUCCAGGUGGAGCCACCACCAUAUUUACUGGAGGUGUUACAGCUAGUUCAUUAUCAAGUGAAUGGAAUGAAAUGGCACCAGGGUAUGAUUUAUGUCCUACUGAAGAGCCUACUGUAUAUGAUACUAACUAUUCAAGUGAUUUGGAAAAUAUUAGUAGUAGAAAUCUGAAAGAAAACCCAGUCGUUAGUAUCGCUACUCUCCAAGGACGUUUACUACAAAUGGAAGAGGCGAACUAUACAACCAACGAAGAACUCCAGGCCACAUUGCAAGAACUAUGGGAUCUACAGCGCAGUGUUGAUGAGGCUCAUGAAGAGGCCCAUAGUCUUGCCUUUGAGCGCGCGAUUUUAUUGGAAGCUCUCUCAACCCAGACUUCAAAACUUGAACACUGUCGAUUUCAAAUUGAACAGUUGAAACACUUGUUGCUCACAGAUCGUAGUGCCCAAACUCCUGGUUCACGAGAGAAUCACUUUUGUGAGUUAUAUGCUUCCAUCGAACAAGAGAAACAAGUUCUACUAGGUCAAAAUAAUGACUUGGCCCAAAGUUCAGAAAGUCUUGCUCGUGAAUGCCGUAUUUUGACAGAAAAAGCGUCAGCUUUGCAAGACAGUUAUGAUGCUUUAGAAACGAAGCAUUCUUCUUUGGAAAAAGCAUACCAAUCUGUUUCUUCAGAAUUAACUUCGCUUAAAAGUCAAAUUUCCCUAGAUUGUUGUAAAAGUUCACUAAAUAAACAGGAUGAUAUAUCAGAUCACUCGAAAAGAGCUAGCAUUGCUGUUCAAACUGAUUGUGUUUUUCUUAUUGAUUCACUUGAAAACCCACUCUCUGUAUCCAUUAAUGAAGAUAGAAAGAAAUUGAAUGAAAUCACUGUUGAGUUGCAUAAAAUCAAAGAAAAUUAUGAAAUUCUACUUUGUGAACGUGAGCGUGAACAAACUGAAUGGCGGUUAUAUGAGCGAGAUUUAUUAAAAGCUGUUCAAGUCGCUGAUGAAAUCAAAACGGAAUCCGAACUGGAAUCUCGCCGCCUAAGCUCAGAGAAUGCAUCCCUCAAAGAGCAAGUUGAAAAAUUAACUAAAGAUUCUACUCGUUUGAAUUCUGAAAUUACAAUAUUAAAAGAUAAAAUCAACUUAUCAUCAUCUAGAAAAAUUGGAAAUGGACAUCUAAACUUUCCUUCUGUCUCAUCUACUUCAUCUUCAUCAAACCAACCAAUUCUAUCAAAUAUCAUUCAGAAUAUUUGUCCAAGUAGUUCCGCUUAUCUUACAACAAAUACAACAACUAACUCAUGUCGUUUAGCACCCGGCACACUGACAGACAAUAGCUACACUGGACGUAAUAGUAUAAUGCAUCCUUUUACUGCACAUCGUUCCACUGGAUUCAAUCAUACAAACCAUUUACAUUCUACGUAUCCAGGUUCACCUGGAGCACCAGGUCGACCUAGUGCUCUAUCAACUGGGCCAACUGUACGCAGUUUAAUUCAAAGUAUUGAAAAUCAGGUCAAAGCGGUCCAACAUCAGAAACGCAGUACAACAUCUGCAUCAGUCGGUAAUUCACGUCCAGUUCGUUUAUACACUAAUACUAAUAACAAUGACAAUAGUAAUAACGGAAAAAAUAAUCGACAAAAUAUUUCAUCAUGUCUUAGUUUAAUGUCACCAACUGGGUAUCCUGGAAAGUCGACUACACCUAUUAGUAAUAAUAAUGGUAAUGGAAACAAUGAUACUGGUAAUUCCACUUCAACUCAUCAACUGAAUUCAAGGACAACUAUCACUAAUCCUGUCAUUUCAUCAGAAAUUAAUUAUAAAGUGAAGAACCAGGAGAACAGAGAUAUGAACAGCCUGAUUCAUACAUCAGCACCUGGUGGACCGAGUUCCACUAUAAUAAGUAAUCAAAGUGUAACGAAGAAGUUUCCAUCAGAUAACAUCACUACUACUAGUAUUAAUAAUAAUCAACGUAAUGUUAAAACACCACUUGGUACAUCAACUAUCAUGAAUUCAACUGGAACAUCGGUGUUUGGUAAUUUAGAUCAAUUUACUAAAAUAGAUUCGAAAGAUGUUUUACUCAGACGAAAUAAUAGUGUUUGUGGAUCAACUAUAAAAACUGGAUUGAACAGUAAUAAUCAUAACAAUAAUAAUUUGAUAACAAGUAAUGUAAUUGAGAGUAGUAAUUCAACGCCAAGUGUUGUACAAGUGUUCAAAGCAGACGAUAUUGUUACUAAUCAUCCUAUCACUACCGGUGAUGGAUCAUACGACAAUAGCAAAACUGAUUUAAUUAUAAAGCAUAAAGAAUCCCCAUCAAGAUCAUUAGAUUUAGUGAGUUUUCGACGUUUCACGUCAACAACUAUACCAGAUGGUAGUAGUAAUGAUAAUAAUAAUAAUGGGAAAAAACAUACAAGUACUAGUAAUGGUACAACUAGUGUUAAUCCAAGUGAAAAUAAUCGUAAUUCAUUCAUCCAGGAAUCUGAUAUUUCAACAACCAUUUCUACUGCUACUACUGCUGUUAAUGACAAUUUGUUAUCGAUUAAUGCCACACAAGAUCAUCAUUCGAAUACAACAACUAAUUUUCAUAGUAGUAUUCAUCAAGUUUGGCAGGAUCCAUUACAAGAAUUAGCUAGAUUAACUGGAGCUGGUUCAAAACGUAAUGCUUUAUUACGUUGGUGUCAGUCACGUGUAUUAGGUUAUCGUGGUGUAGAAGUAACAAAUUUCUCUAGUUCAUGGAAUAAUGGUUUAGCAUUUUGUGCUUUAUUACAUACAUAUGUUCCAUCAAAAAUUCCAUGGAAUGAUUUAAUUACAUCUAAUGGUUUACCUAUUGAUAAACGACGUUGUUUUGAAAUUGCUUUUAAAGUUGCCGAAGAUGAAGGUAUUCCAACUACACUAAAAUUACAAGAUAUGCUUACAACAGAACGACCUGAUUGGAAUUCUGUAAUGACUUACAUCAUUUCAGUAUAUCGACAUUAUGAAGUAGAAGCGUUGAAUCCAUCAACAACUACUGGUAGUAUUGAUUGA